GAUGUUUCGACAUAUUCGCGGUCGACGACGGAAAAUAGUUCGCUUUAUUUUGAAGACAGUUUUUUAUGGGUCCUUGGGACUUGGGUUGUUUCCAUUUCUAUUUGACGCGAAGGAGAAACAGUUACGGCGUUCCAAUUGGUUAAUUGCCUAUGGACUUGUUCUUAAUUUUGCCUUUAUUGCGCUACUGGUGCAGAUUAGCUCGGGAAAUGAGAAUACAGUUAAUAAGGAAAUUUAUAUACGUAAUCCUCUGCUAAAGUUCAUUGAAGCACUUGGAGGUAUAAUCAGCUUUGGUACCGCUUGUUUGGUCCAUCUACAAACAGGAUGGCGAAGCAAUGAACUCGGCAAAAUUCUCAAUGAACUUUUGCUUUUACAACAUAAUCACUUUAAGCAUUUUCCUUUAGACGAUUCCCCGAAAUUUGGAUAUUACGUCAUUCAGAAAUUCCUGUCUAUUGUAUUUGAGAUGUUGUCCUCGAUAGCCAUGUAUGCUCUAAUGCCGGGUAGUCGAACAUUUUCUAUGGACUCUAUUUGGUUCUACCUAGUGCAAUUGAAUGUACUCUUGUUGGCCAUGCAUUUCCAUGUAUUUGUUAUUCACAUAUAUCGAUUUUUAUGGAUUAUCAACAGACAAUUGCUUUAUCUGGCUAGUGAAUUGAGAAUGGGUCGACGAGUGGAUGCAACCAGAGUUGAGUUAUUACUUUGGCUUUACAGCCGUCUCCUGGACUUGAAUAGUCGCUUGACCAAUAUCUACGACUACCAAAUAACAUGCACCAUGAUCACCAUAUUGUCUGCCAACAUCAUAAUCGGCUUUAUCGUUAUCAUUUUGAGCAUUAGCGUACAAAAGAUGUCACUCAUCACAAUGAUCAUGAUGUUCCCACAAGCGAUUAUUAUAAAUCUCUGGGAUUUUUGGCUAAGCAUAUCAAUUUGCGAUCUGGCAGAGCGAACUGGAAGACAAACUCCCUGUAUAUUACGAUUGUUUAGUGAUAUGCAAGAUUUGGAGGUCGAUUUGGAGCGAACUAUUAAUGAAUUUGCUUGGUUCUGUAGUCACCAGCAAUUGAGGUUCUUUCAUUGCCGCAUGUUUUACGUGAAUUACCAAACGGGAUUUCAAAUGUUAAUCACAAGUAUUUUGUAUUUAGUUUUUAUGGUUCAAUUCGAUUAUAUGAAUUUAAUUAAGUAA